CCUACACCCUUCCACCCCCUACCUACACCUAACAUAGUACACCUACAUGGUACAUAGCUUGCAUGUAAUUUAUUGUUGUUACUAUAUUCGGCUUGUCUUUAUUUUGUUUUAUUUCAAUUAUUUGUGUUAAUCUUGCCUUUCUAUUGUUCUGUUGAUAACAAGCGGUGCAUUUAGCCCAUUCUUCUUCUUCCUUUUUGUUAUUGUUAUUAUUCUUCAUUCUCUUCUACCUUAUCCACCUAUUUUUUAAUCUUUGCGGUUGUAUAUUUAUCUACCGAUUCUAUCCAACAUUCCGAGCGACACCCGUCAUGCCAAACCCUUGUCAACUUUAGAAGAGAGCUUGCUUGAAUGAAUAUUCGACACGUACCCACCUAUUAAUUAGAUAUCUGGCGCGUUCGCGAUCGUAUACGAGCGUGUGUAGGAAUAAGAUUGCUACUGUGUUAGCAAGAGCGUUUGCGACCUGUGGUUUGCGACGCGACUGCGACUGCGACUGCGAUUACGAAUUGCGAUAGUUGGACAUUCCUACCCGUACCGAAUCGAACUUGGUCCAAAUCAGAUGUAUCUCUCGAGACAGAAUCAUGUGGCGGCGUACCUAUCUGUUCCUGGUUUUGUUGCGGCUAUAUUUUGCUCUUUCGCCGAGCUAUCUUCACCCAGAUGAGAAUUUCCAGGGCCCUGAGGUUAUUGCUGGCCAAAUUUUCAGCUAUCCCGUCCGACUAACCUGGGAGUUCACCAGCGAUAAUCCUAUCCGUAGCGUAUUUCCGUUAUGGCCGAUCUACGGGUUGCCUAUGCUGUUGUUGAAGUGGUUGUGGAUUGGUAAUGGAAACGAUGGCGAGAUACCACCGAUCGCGGUCUUCUGGACGUUGCGCGUCCUGAUGUUCGUUCUCAGCUUCGUCCUCGAGGACUGGGCGAUUUAUGAACUACUCCAGUCAAAAUAUCGUCAACGUCAAGCCGCCGUGUUGCUGGUGGCGUCGUCAUAUGUGACUUGGACUUUUCAGACGCACACCUUCUCCAAUUCUAUCGAAACCAUUGUCGUCGCAUGGUGUCUGGUGCUCAUCGAGCGCAUUCUUCUUCAGACUUCGCACACCCCUUUCGCGGAAUCCCUAGUGCUCGGAAUCAUAGCUGUCUUUGGUGUUUUCAACAGAAUAACCUUCCCUGCGUUUUUGAUCAUUCCUGGACUUCGAUUGAUACCCCAUUUUAUAAAUAGACCUUUAUCCCUGGUUGUCAUGGCAGCAUCCGGGCUUUUAACUGUUUUAAUUGCCAUCUCCCUCGAUACUUCUUUCUACACCCCACACCCCAUUUCGUGGUCAGAUCUCUACCGAAACCCGGUUAUCACGCCGCUCAACAAUCUACAAUACAACCUCAAGCCCUCAAAUUUGGCGGAGCAUGGAUUGCACCCCUGGUAUCAACAUAUCUUAGUCAACAUCCCACUAUUAAUAGGGCCAGCUCUUGCUCUUUUAUUCACUAAGCCGAACCUGUCUCUAAGGCUUUCCUCUGCUAUUUCGGGAGUGUUCGUCCUAUCCAUCUUUCAACAUCAAGAAGCGCGGUUCUUACUCCCAGCUAUUCCCCUGUUGCUAUCAUCUGUGCGGUUUCCGAAGAAGCCAAUAUAUUUCAAACUCUGGGUUGGCUCGUGGGUUGGUUUCAAUGUGGUUCUCGGUUUGCUCAUGGGAAUAUACCAUCAGGGUGGUAUCGUGCCAGCCCAAGUAUUUUUGAGUAACCAGCCAGAUGCGACACAAGCUAUAUGGUGGAAAACUUAUAUGCCCCCGAUAUGGCUCCUGAAUGGCAAGAAUGCAGUCUUGAGGACCCAGGACGUAGCAGGGAUGGAAGGCGAUAAAUUGCUUGACGAACUAGAGAAGAUCGCAACUUGCGACACACCGGCGGAUAGGAGGAGUCUUGGGUAUCUCAAAGAGCCAAAUGGCACGUACCUCAUCGCGCCGCUUUCGUCGACAUGGCUAGAUUCGUAUCUAGACAACAAGGGCUUGGAUGGGCUCAGAUUUCGAGAAGUUUGGAGGUUUAACAGACAUUUGAAUCUCGAUGAUUUAGAUUGGGCUGAAGAUGGAGUGUGGCCUACAUUGCAAAGAGUAAUUGGAAGACGAGGAUUAGCAGCUUGGAGAGUAACAAAGAGCUGUGGCCGUCCGAAAAGACUAAGAAGUCGGAAAAUAUAAUAAUUAUAAUGUCUACCUGGUGUUCCCGUUUAAAUCCCCGUGACAACUAACGAGAUUAAGAUUCACAUAUUUCUAUAGCUACCUAUUAGUGUAAGUGGUGAAAUACUCACCCAUCCUCUUUCACCUACCCAACCAACGUAAUGGCUAG